AUGUCGGCCAGUCACAUAAUCGGCAACCGGAACAGUACUCCGGAAGCCUCCAACACCUCCCUGCGUCCGCCAUCUUCUCGUGCAAUUGGCUCGGGUCAUCAUCUUCGUGCAUCAGCGGACAUGUCAGCAUUUGCGACCUCGCCUCUCUCGACUCGCAGCAUCCGUCCCUCGUCCGAAGUCUUCUUCAACCAGACGCUCCAGGCUCAAGGCCAGAACAGUGCGGAUGAUGCCAUGGAUCGUGCUGCACAGCAAUGGAUUGCGGAUAUUGACCAGUACGAGACCACAUUGGAGGAAAUGGCCGCAGCAACUUUGGAUCAGGAUUUCAAAGAUGAGCUGAGCGCCAUUGAGCAGUGGUUUCGUGUUCUUUCCGAAGCCGAAAGGACUGCGGCCCUGUACGCGUUGCUACAGCAAACCACUCAGGUCCAAAUACGUUUUUUCAUCCAAGUUCUUCAGCAGAUGGCAAUGAGCCAUCCCAUGUCCGGAGUGCUCUCUCCUGCUACUUUUGGUGAGAAGGAUCCCAUGUCUAAUCGUCUGAAUGACGCAAUGAGCAAGCUGAACGUCGAGGGUUCCCGGAGCUCUCUCGGGCGGCCUCCUCCAUCUCCCGGCAACAAACGUAAUUCUGGGCUGGACCCAUCUACAAUAAAUGCCAUGUUUCCGGACGCUGCAGCCGCAAUUGCAAAGAAAAAGGCCGAAUAUACUCAGCAGACCGGUAAUCCUCCGGCCUCUAAUCGCAACAGCAUUGCCCUCGGUGAUCGAUCUUCUCUAGUGGCGCCUACAAUCUCUGCUCCCUCCGAGGGGCCGAAGGAUAAUCAUGCACCACCCCCGAGUUCUCCGUGGGGUCCACGCAGCGGUGAAGCUCAGCAGCCCAUAGCGCGGCCAACUUCAUCCUCUGGACAGCCGCCAAUGGGCCAAUUUACUCAGCCACCUCCAUCUGCUGGUCUUAGGUCCCCUCGACCAUCACAGCUUUCCAGUAACGCAAACCUUCAGAACACGACGAUCAGCUUGCCCGACACCGGUGCGUCAAACAUGCCUCUCUUGUCGCCCUACAACCUUGGAAAUGCCAGCUGGGCUUCCCUGGCAAAUACUCCCAUGGUCCCGACUUUUGGAGGUCAGGGAAACGUAAACCAAGCUGAUAUGGUAGCCAACGCUACGGCUAUGAAAUUAGCUGCCAUGUCCACGGUUAAUAAUAGAAUCGCCUUGGAUGAUGUCCGCAAGUAUCGACGCAAUAAUAGACCUGGCGACGAAACAGGCAGCAUGCACGCCCAACAGCCUCUAUCUCCAGGACUUCCCAACAACAACUCGUUGUCGCCAAACAUUCCCAGUGCGAACAUUGUCAUGGUGAACGAGCAUGGUCAGGUGCUUACUCGGGAUCAAAUUGCCGCUCUGCAAGCUCAACAGCAGGCUGCAGCUGCCGGACGGCGAUCACGUCCCAGUUCGCCUGGCUUGGCCAUGCAAGGAGCAGGCUUUGGGGGAAUGAGCUUUGCGUCGCCCCAAAAUAAUGGCUUUUUAUCGGCCUAUGAUGGGUCGCAACUGCUCAACAGCGGAAUGGCUGGGUUGAGCUUGAACCAAUUCGGACUGGGCGCACCUGGCAGUCACGAGGGGUAUCUUUCAGAUCAUUCAGAAAUCGUCCGUGGCAGGUCACCUCGAGGUCGGAGAGGUAGUUCCAAACCACCAGAGGACCCUACCGACCCAGCUCUGCUGCAAGAUAUUCCGAGCUGGCUCAGAAGUCUUAGAUUACAUAAGUACACCGACAUUUUGAAAGAUCUGAGAUGGACGGAACUUGUCGAACUCGAUGACGAAGGCCUGGAAAAACGAGGGGUGAAUGCUUUGGGGGCACGAAGGAAAAUGCUCAAGGUCUUCGAGCAGGUUAAAGAGGCUCAGGCCGACGGAAAAUUAUAA